AUGUUAUCGGCAUCUGUGGGGAUCCUCACCGCCCUUUCUCCCAAUGUGAUAGUAUACAUAGUGUCUCAAGGUCUCCAGGGAUCACUCAGUGGCUGUAUAUUCCUGACUACAUUCACCAUUGGACUUGAAUUUGUGGGCCCAAGCAAACGAAAUUUGACUGGAUUUGGCGUUAUGUACUUCUUUAGUUUUGGUUACUUCUACCUCGUACUGUUUGCCUACUUCAUAAGAAACUGGAGACACCUCGCUCUAGUGCUGUACGUGCCUGCCUACCUGUUUGGGCUGUAUUAUUUCGUUCUUCCCGAAUCUUUCCGAUGGCUGCUGUCAAGACGCCGCACCGACGAGGCAGAGAAGUUGAUCCGAUCAGUUUCUAUGACAAAUAUCAACUCCGAGCCUGAUGAUGAGACUAUUAAGUCUGUCAUAGAGGACAAAGAUGAAGCGGUCACUUCUACUCGGACCUACACCCCUUUAGAUAUGGUGAGGACAUGGAAACGGACGGCUUUAACGGUUAAUGUGUGUUUUAACUGGAUGGUCAACAGCAUGGUGUAUUACGGGCUGUCACUGAACUCUGCGGGCUUGGGUGGUGAUCUCUACCUUAACUUUACACUGAUGGGGGCCAUUGAAAUCCCAGCCUACACUCUGGCUGUUUUCCUUAUCGACAAAAUUGGCAGAAGAAUGUCCUUGGUCGGAUUCAUGAUACUCGGCGGGGUGGCUUGCAUUGUUUCCGGCACUGUGCCGUCAGAUUUGCAUUGGCUUAUUAUGACAAUGGCAUUAAUUGGCAAGAUGGGCAUCUCGGCAUCGUUUGCUGUGAUAUACGUGUUGACGGCGGAGGUUUACCCAACAGUGAUGAGAAUUAUAGCUCUGGGCUUGUCGUCUACCUUUGCCAGAGUUGGCAGCGCCUUGGCUCCUCAAGUUAUUUUGAUAAAGGAGCCAUUUGCUGCACUGCCUUUUAUCAUCCUUGGAGCUGAGUCAAUCAUCGCAGGAUUGCUUCUCAUGGUAAAUUUUUGA